GGCGGCCACCCUCGCCCACUACGAGCAGUACUUCAUGGAGGAGGCUGGUGACAUCCUGCCCGCUGCCGCAAAAACCGUGCACCUCGACCAAUUUGCAGCCGCCCUCCCCAUUAUUGAGGCAGACCCGGCCGUCGUCGCUUUUGUCCAGGGGGUGACCCUCCUCGCGGGCGCCGGCCUGAGCCUCGUGCUGACGAGGCGCCUCGCGCAGAAGCCGUGGGCGAGCGUCGCGCCGCAGUGCGCGGCGGUGGCGCUUUUCACGGCGGAGCUGUGGCACGUCAUCAUCGGCACCCCGGUCAGGUGA